AUGACGGCACUAGCAGGUUGGCCAACUGGCGCAGUAGAAGGCGAAGACGUGGUUCGUACGAUUUUUAUAACGGGUUUUCCGCCCGACACAAAGGAGCGCGAGCUGCAGAACCUGCUGCGCUGGUGGCCGGGCUACGAGUCGUGCCAACUGUCGUACAAGGGCGACCAGCCAAUGGGCUUCGCGCUCUUCUCCACGUCAGCCAUGGCCUUCGCCGCUCGCGACGCCUUGCAGGGUCUGCUGUUCGAUGUCGAGUCCAAUGCGGUACUCCGAGCGGAAAUGGCCAAGAAGAACCUCUUCAGAAAAAAAGGUGCUGAAGAUCCAGCCAAGAGGCUCCGUGUCGCUGACGCCUUGACCUCAUACGUGGUUCCAGGAGCGGCUUCUUAUGAUCCCUACGGCGCUGCUGCAGCAGCCGCCUUCGCGGCAGCAGCCGUGGGCUCCGCUCCUGCUGCUGUCAUGCCGCGGACUGUAGCGCCGUCGUACACUCCCUCUAAGGUAUACAAGGACAACCCGCCCUGCAACACGCUUUACAUUGGCAAUCUCAGCCCAUUCGUCAACGAAACAGAGAUUCUCAGCGUCUUCGGCACGCAACCGGGUUAUGUCCAAAUGAAGCUGACGAGGCAAGGCGUCACCAACACAUGCUGCUUCGUGCAAUAUUCG